UUUCCGAAUUUUUGCACAAUUCGGUAUUGGGUAACGUACCCUCCGGACGGCUUGAUUUACGGGGUAGAAUGCGUCUGUGACUCGUAAAUCCCAAGUUUCAUACGUAAAAAAUAAUUUAAUAAUUUGUUAUUAUCGUUUUUGAAACGGGCGAUUUAUAAUAUUAUUGUUUUUAUGUCGUAGAAAAUAAUUUUCCGUUAUAAUGUGUGAGACGCAAAGCAUGUUUGCUUUCGUCAGAUAAAGGAAACCGAUCAAUACGAAGCAUUUCUCGCGCAAAUCGAUACGUGAAGCGAUGGAAACAUAUGUUACCCUCUCAAUUUAUUAACAUUUACUAGAGUUUACCUUUUAAUCAAAAUAAUUACACAAUUAAAAAUUAAUUAUGUAAAUGGCCUGGUCUCUCCGUCGUUUGUACAAAUUAUUCAUUCGAGUAUUUGCGUGCUUUAUUUAUAAUCUGCCAGCAUCUCGUAAAAUGCGUAAAUUGUAAACAGGUUGGCUACUUUUUGACGUGGACACGCUGCCAAAUUAUAAUUCUAUUUUAAACCAACAUUUGUAAAACGGGGUGAGCAAGAGAGAGAGGAAGAGGAGGCGCGAACUCGUGCAGAACAGUGUCUCUCGCGUGUCUUUAAUCCUGAAUGCAUUCGACUAAUUUCACGUUUUCUGAUUGAUCAAAACGAUCAGCAGCCGUUACGAUACAGCCGAAAUAAUUUUAUUCUCCCCGCGACAUGCCGGCCAGCAGCGUAACGCGACUGCGAAAGGACACAUGUAUAAAUACCCGUGUGUGCCACGACUUGCGCGUGUAGUUGUCGCAGGUCUUGGUCCCCGCGGAGUUCGUUCAACCGGCAAAAAUCCGUUCAUUUGGGAAGCAUUCGCAAAAGCAUCCACGAACAACAAUUUACAAGAAUUAAUUACUUAAAUUAAAUUAAUUAAAAAUUAAAAUUAAAAAUCCCAUGAAAACUCACGCGCGUCUCAGGAGGAGCACCUCUGCCUCAAACAAUGUAAGAUUCGCUAAAAUUAAUUCGCUGCUGUUUGUGCGUGGAGGAGGAUCCCGCGCCUAGAGUCAACGCAACAAGAAUUUCCGGGCUGGCUCGGCUGCUCGAAGGUGCGUUUCGCAGCACGGUAUAAAAGGAGGCAGCGAUUGACGGCGCCUCGUUAGAGGAGGCACUCGUACGAGCGAUCCGCGAUCCGGAUGGAGCCGCGUGAGACGGAAGAGCUGCUCGGGGCUCAUCUGUGGAGGAACGAUCUCCCGCAGGAUGAGCCCCGCUCUUGGACGAUCGGCCGCUCUCCCCUGGGCGGUCGCGGCAUGUUCGCCACGCGGGACAUCCCGGCCGGCGAGCUGAUCUUCACGGAUGCCCCGCUGCUGAUUGGACCGAGAUGCUGCAGCAAGCGUCCGCCGAUGUGCGUCGUCUGCUACAGGAACGAGUGUCCUCUCUUCCCGUGUGAUCACGGCUGCGGUCUGCCGAUCUGCUCCACGGAAUGCGAGAACUCCGCGGCGCACGCCGGUGCGGAGUGCCGGUUCCUCAGGGAGUGGUCGCCGACCUGCGGUUCCACCUGGUCCAGGGACCUGCUCCUCGCGGUGGUGGCGAUACGCGGCCUCGCGUUGUCGCAAGAGCAGCGGAAGCUCCUGUAUGCCUUGGAGUGCCACUCGGAUCUGAUCCGGAACUAUGAGAUCGACCUGCUCGAGCGGAACGUGGGGAAUCCUCCGAGCGAGGAGCAGGUGGAGCUGAUGAAGCGCAUCUGCGGUGUCUUCAACACGAAUUCGUUUGAAGUUGUGGUCGCCCGGGACCAGAGGAGCUCCGUGAGCCUGCGGGGUCUUUAUCCGAUGGGCGCGUUGCAGAAUCAUUGCUGCGUUCCGAACACCAGGCACCACUUCGACGACCGGCAACGACUGCACGUGUCCGCUGCGAUGCCCAUCGCCGCCGGUGACGAGCUCACCAUGUCCUACACCGAUCUGCUCUGGGAUACGUCGCGUAGAAGGCAGUUCCUCAGAGUCACCAAACUCUUCGCUUGCGAUUGCAGAAGAUGCGUCGAUCCGCUGGAAUUCGGAUCCCGACUUGGGGCACUCCUCUGCGCCAGGGAUGACUGUUCGGGACAUUUGUUUGCCCGCAGUCCGCUCAGCCGUGAGUCGCCCUGGAUCUGCGACAAGUGUCAGACCAGCGUGAGCCAUAGACAGAUUGAAUGCAUUCGUUCAGGACUGAAGGCAUUUGUAUUGGACGCUAUGCGCAAGAGUCCGCGAGAAAUACUAAAAUUUAUAGAAACGACAUUGUCGAUAUUGGUACCCGCCAGUAAUUACAUUAUGAUGGAUAUGAAGUAUUGUAUAAUUUCCUAUUUCGGCAGAGCCGCCGAUCUUAAAUGGGAAGAUCUCACCGAUGCGGAACUUAAGAUCAAGGGAGCGUAUUGUCACGAUAUACUUUCUGUUUUAGAGGCUUUAGGCUUCGGAGAUUCCAUUAAGAAAGGCCUCGUCUUGUACGAGCUGUAUCGCACGAACGUCGAGUCGUGCAAACGCCACGUCUCCGAGGACAGACGGACACAUUCACGUGUGAGAGAUAACGAUAACGAACACCUGUUGCGCAAGGCAAUGAGUAUAUUACAGAACGACGUCGGCGCAGCCUGCGUUCGCGGAAGCGACUGAACGCAAACCGACGUCGCGCUCGGGACAGGAUCACUCGUAUUUAUUGCGUUACAUUUGACACUCGUCCGGGUGGACGACGUUACAUCGACACUUCGGUGCGCAAAAAUUAAUUCGUGCACACGUAUAUAAUUACAAUCGUUCAAAUGUACAUGAGCGAGUUACUCCAUUUACGUAUGCGGCGAUUACUCGUCAAAUCUUAUCGUUAUUAUCAAUAAUUAUCAAAGUGAUACUCGGACAAAAAAGUACGAUCGAUCAACGACUGGCUCGUACGCGGCUCGUUCGA